AUGGAGCGUCCCGCAGUCCCUGUCUUCCGCUCGACGUCCCUGCCUAGUACUACACCGCGGGCUAAGUCGGCUCCGCUGAAUCUAGUCCUGCCAGACCGUGAUUCACCGUUCGUAGCGGGUAGAGGGCCGAUUACACCGCCAAUCUCCCCGGGCAAUAGCGAAGAGGGUGACCCAGUCGUCAUCAUUGAUUCAGAGCCUCGCUACAGCCCUUAUUUAGGCAUCGACCGCGACGAGAGCACAACAGAGGAGCCCAUGGACGUAGACGCAAGACCAGCUGAAAGCUCCCCCAAGCCGCCCCUGAGGCAUCUUGAGGACGAGGAAUGUCACCUUGAACGGGGGACCCUUAACCUUACCGAUUUUGAAGUUAAGGGCACUCUAGGUAGGACAGGGACAUUUAGUCGUGUGCUUCUCGUGCGCCUUCGCGGCUCAUCGAGUCCCAACGCCCAAAACUGCUUCGCACUCAAGGUCUUGCGUAAAACCGAGAUCGUGCGCCUGCGACAGGUCGAACACGUAAACGCGGAGCGGUAUAUUUUAUCCCGCGUCCGACAUCCAUUUAUUGUCGACCUCUAUGCCACAUUCCAGGACAGUCUCAACAUCUACAUGUUGUUGUCCUACGUCCCCGGUGGAGAAUUGUUCACACACCUGCGGAGAGCGCGUCGUUUCACGCCAGAUGUCACGCGAUUCUACUUGGCGACCAUCGUCCUUGCCCUCAAAUUUUUGCAUUCUUACAACAUUAUCUACCGAGACCUGAAGCCUGAAAAUCUCUUACUCGACUCGCGUGGCUAUCUGCGGCUCACAGACUUCGGUUUCGCUAAAAUUGUUGAUGACCGUACCUGGACUCUCUGCGGAACUCCCGAAUACCUCGCACCUGAAAUUAUACAGUCAGACGGCCACGGCAAGGCCGCCGACUGGUGGGCCUGCGGUAUUCUCUGUUAUGAAAUGGUGGUCGGGUACCCGCCAUUCUUCGACGAGACCGCGUACGGGAUCUAUGAAAAGAUUUUGAAGGGCAAGAUUCACUGGCCGCGAGAAAUGGAUAGGCUGACCAAGGACAUCAUCAAAGCCUUCCUACAUCCGGACCGUAGCAAGCGUCUUGGUAAUCUCACCCGUGGCCCUCAAGAUGUGCUAGACCAACCGUGGUUCCGCGGCGUCGAUUGGGACGCAUUGGAGCGGCGAGAGAUUAGGGCCCCUAUUAUCCCGCAUGUCAACUCCCUUGACGACACACGCCACUUCUCGCACCUUCCCUUGCCCCCACCCGAAGAGAUUCCCGGUCUCAUAAAGGAAGAACAGCCGCCGGCCCUUCAGCAACGAUUUGACCCUAUUGCGUAUCAGUUUAUGGAGUUCUAA